ACUCCAUGUGGAUUUGGUCGUCCCCGUGAACGCGAGCUGCUGGCAGCGAGAGGGGCAGCGCGCCGGCCUCGGCAGCCGGCGGCCGAAGCGGCCGGACCGGGGACGGAAGGACAGACCGACGUCUCCGAGCUGGAACCAUGUAAGGGCCAAGCCAGGAAGGCGGAGUACGCGAGCGCUCAGAGGCUCUGUCUCCUGGUCCCCGCCCGGCUCAGAAUGGAACAGAGGAGGCCCUGGCCGCGGGCUGCAGAGGUGGACGGCUGGCCUGUGGUCCUGCUCUCCGCCGUCUGCGUGCUGCUGGCACCCCCGGCGGCCGGCAUGCCCCAGUUCAGCACCUUCCACUCUGAGAACCGGGACUGGACCUUCAACCAUUUGACGGUGCACCGCGGGACGGGGGCAGUGUACGUGGGGGCCAUCAACCGCGUGUACAAGCUGACGGGCAACCUGACCAUCCAGGUGGCUCACAAGACGGGGCCGGAGGAAGACAACAAGUCGUGCUACCCUCCGCUCAUCGUUCAGCCCUGCAGCGAGGUGCUCACGGUCACCAACAACGUCAACAAGCUGCUCAUCAUCGACUACUCCGAGAACCGGCUGCUGGCCUGCGGCAGCCUGUACCAAGGGGUCUGCAAGCUGCUGCGGCUGGACGACCUCUUCAUCCUGGUGGAGCCGUCCCACAAGAAGGAGCACUACCUGUCCAGCGUCAACAAGACGGGGACGAUGUACGGGGUGAUCGUGCGCUCCGAGGGCGAGGACGGCAAGCUCUUCAUCGGCACUGCUGUGGACGGCAAGCAGGACUACUUUCCCACCCUGUCCAGCCGCAAGCUGCCCCGCGACCCCGAGUCCUCCGCCAUGCUCGACUACGAGCUCCACAGCGACUUCGUCUCCUCCCUCAUCAAGAUCCCUUCCGACACCCUGGCCCUCGUCGCCCACUUUGACAUCUUCUACAUCUACGGCUUCGCCAGCGGGGGCUUCGUCUACUUCCUCACCGUCCAGCCUGAGACCCCCGAGGGCGUGGCCAUCAACUCGGCCGGAGACCUCUUCUACACCUCGCGCAUCGUGAGGCUCUGCAAGGACGACCCCAAGUUCCACUCCUACGUGUCCCUGCCCUUCGGCUGCACGCGGGCCGGGGUGGAAUAUCGCCUCCUGCAGGCUGCUUACCUCGCCAAGCCCGGGGACUCGCUGGCCCAGACCUUCAACAUCAGCAGCCAGGAUGACGUGCUCUUCGCCAUCUUCUCCAAAGGGCAGAAGCAGUAUCACCACCCGCCGGAUGACUCCGCCCUCUGUGCCUUCCCCAUCCGGGCCAUCAACCUGCAGAUCAAAGAGCGCCUGCAGUCCUGCUACCAGGGCGAGGGCAACCUGGAGCUCAACUGGCUGCUGGGGAAGGACGUGCAGUGCACCAAGGCG